AACACCCGGUAGAAGAGCCCCUUUUUCUUCCACUUUCUCACAAUGUAUAAAUGCUAUAUAUCGUAAGAAUUAUCGAACUGAAGCAAGAGAUUUGUAUUUUCUAUCAGCACUAUCGAUAUGGAGGUCUUCAGCAAAGCCAAGGCAGUCAAACUCCGGAGCCACCACGGCAAGUACCUCGUCGCCGAUGACGAUCAGCAAACCGUCCGGCAGAGCCGCAACGCAUCGUCCAGCCGAGCCCGGUGGCUCGUCGAGCCCGUCGACGGCAACCCACUAGCCAUCCGCCUCAAAAGCUGUCACGGCCGGUAUCUGACGGCAUCUAACGCGCCUUUUCUUCUAGGGAUGACCGGCAACAAGGUAAUUCAGACGAUUCCGGAGAACAUGAAGGACCAGGACAUCGACUGGGUGCCGGUUAGAGAUGGUUUUCAGGUGAGGCUGAGGGCUUUCGGGGGAACCUAUUUACGGGCAAACGGUGGGAUGCCGCCGUGGAAGAAUUCGGUGACGCAUGAUAAUCCCCACAUUGGUUCAACCCAGAAGUGGGUUGCGUGGGACAUAGAGAUUGUGGAGUCGCCGGAGAACUUGUCUUCGGUGGAUUCUGUGUCGAUGGUCUCGUCUUUCUCCGAUGAUCUUUAUGGACCCUCGGCGCCGGUGUCACCUGCAUAUUCAAUUAACCCUUCUCCUACCUUGUCCCUGUCGAAGAAUCUUCAGACCGGAAUGGACUUCUUCCGCAACGCCAAGGCGGUUCGCCUCCGCAGCCGCCACGACAAGUACCUCCACGCCCACGACGAUGAAGACACCGUCGUUCAGGACCGCGACGGAGUCUCUCCCAACGCCCGCUGGUCCGUCGAGUUCAUCGGCGACGCCUUCCUCCGCCUCAGGAGCUGCUACGGCAAGUACCUCACCGCCUCCAACGUCCCCUUCCUCCUCGGCAUGACCGGCCGGAAAGUCCUCCAGACUCUGCCCUCCGGCCGCCUCGAUUCGUCCUUGGAGUGGGAGCCGGUCCGGGAAGGCAACCACGUCAAGCUCAGGACUCACUACGGCCACUUCCUCCGCGCCAAUGGCGGCCUUCCGCCGUGGCGGAACUCCGUCACGCACGAUAUCCCGCACCGCACCACCACUCAGGAUUGGAUUCUCUGGGAUGUUGAUGUCGUGGAGAUAGUCGUGCAAUCUCCACGCCCGAAAUUGCCGGUUCAGAUGCCGCCGGUUCAACCAGUGCAGCACGUCGACUCGUUUGCUUCGGAAUCGAGCGCGCCUUCUGUUUAUUCUUCCAAAUCCGCCAGUUUUGGAAGACAAGAGUCCAGUGAUUCUUUGGUUAGUUCUCCUCCCAAGGCCAUGGAUGGGCGGACUAUAUAUUACAACGUAUCAGAUGAUUACGGCAAUGUAGAGCAGAAUUUGGAGGGGCUUAAUAUUACGUUCAAGGGGAACAACGUUGAUGAAUUGACUCGGGUUCUGGAGGACGAGACAGGGCUUGAAGACGUUAUUGUGUGCUCGCGAAAUCCAUUGAAUGGGAAGCUUUAUCCCCUCCGCUUGCAGCUUCCUCCAAACAGCACCACUAUGCACGUUGUUUUGGUUCGGGCCUCGUCAAAAUUGGCCAGAGACUUCGCAGAAAUGGGAAUUUCACUUUAAAAAUCUGACAGGAGAUGUCACAGUUUUGCUCAUGAUACAAAUGCAUAGAACCUGCUUCUGCCCUACUACCCUCAUGCUUGUCGGCAUAUUUCGGAGGUCUGAACCACUUGUGCCAAAAGAGCAAUCGCAGUCUCGUCCAGAUGCGAAAAGAAAAGAAAUUAUUAGCAAUCUCAGUGAAAUCAACAUUGAUAGCUCCAGCCCCAGGACUAAUGAUUAGGAAAUCAUUUGCCACAUUUCUACGACUUAUAGAGUGUACCAUUUCUUUUGGUGCUUUUGUACAGUUUUUAUUACUUUGAGAGGUUUGUGAGAGUGUAUUCUUUUGUCAGGUGCUUGUGCAAUUGGUUUAUUGUGUAAAAUUUUUUCAAUACCUUAUAAAAAUUCAAGACUUUACUGUU